AUGGCUCUUCCCUAUCUACCAAAAGAGCACAUUCCAGCAGCCUUCCAAAAGCUUAAAAGUCGGAUUCAGCCUAACAACCGCACGUACCGCCUGCUGACAUACAUUCAACGCAGAUGGAUAGACAGCACCAUCUUCCCCAUCAGUGCUUGGACUGUUUUUGGCCAACCCAUUCGUUCUAACAACGACGUGGAAGGCUGGCAAAACAGACUAAACCGCAAGGCCAAGGGUGCCAGCCUUCACUUGUAUGUGAUGCUGAAAGUAUUGAGUGAUGAAGCCAGGUACCUACCCAUGCAGAUACAGUUAGUGUCGGAGCACAAACUGACGCGCUACCAAAGAGCAGCCACAAAGAGGUCCCAGUCCAAGCUGAUGGAGCUGUGGGACAGCUACAGAAGCCAGCAACUAACAGUAAGCCAGCUGAUGUCAUCCGUUGCUCUAAUCGUUGUGCCGUCCAUUGACUAG